CUUGCAAAUAAAAUGGUGACCACACAAAAGUGUGUUGUUGGGAUAUCAUUAUCAACCACCCUUUUCUCUUCCAUUUCCAUGGUGAACAACAACAUGAAUGAAGGAGGAAGAAGAAGAAGAAGAAGAAGAAGCAAAACCAGUUGUAUUUCCAUGGCUAAAAAGGAUGAUAAGUAUCCACUCAAGAUUGUUUCUCAAGCUGCCGUUGUUGUUCUCGGAUUAGGCUUCAUAGAUGCCGGGUACAGUGGAGAUUGGUCAAGAAUUGGAGUGAUCUCAAAGGAGAAUGAAGAUUUGCUGAAAGCUGCGGCUUUUAUUGUCGUUCCUUUGUGUAUUUUUCUUAUAUUUUCCAUCUCCAAACCAAAUCACGAUGAUUCAAGCUAAAAUCGAGAUUGAUUUUUGUUUUUUUAUUAAUAAUAUCAAUACAUUUUAAUUUUUUAAAGACGUAGAUGUCAUUUUCGGGUUUUGUAAGUGAUUUUUGAUGGUUGAUAUUAGACUCAAGGUGCCUUGGGUAUAAAAAAAGAGCCUUGGUGCCCGUUUUGCGGAAAA